AUGUCGGCCAAUAUUACAAUCCGUUCGGAAUAUUCUUUCUGCCUUGCAUUUACACCCGCUAUUGCAUACGUACGUUUCGUUACCGAUCGAAUAGGUCAUGUAGGGGCUACUGUAUUGCGGGGUCCAUCGGCUCACCCACCCACUCACCAGUUGAGCAUACACCGUCCUCACUCCCCCCUCCCCCGCGCUUUUGCCAUUUACUGGUCUUCCAUAAUCUCUAACAGGGUCGAUCGGGUGUUUCUCCUUAGAGAAUAG